UCCGAUUAAUCAACAAAAAUUUGUCUAUCAAGUCCUCUCCUUCUUCCUCUCUUCUCCUUUCGAUCAAGUUAAUAAUAUAAAGUUUGUGAAAAAGAAAAAAAACGGAUCAUCCGAUUAAUCAACAACAAUUUAUCAAAUUUUUCUCCUUCUUCCUCUCUUCUUCUCUCGAUACCACUCACAGUCACAGACAAGUCACCGGAAAGUUUCAUAUCGUCGCCGUUUGUCCCCUUGUUUUUUCUCUCAUCACUCCAUACCAGUUCCCAAAUGUCCCAACUUCACCUUCACCGUCUCUCUCUCCCACAGUCUUCUACUCGUUUCAGAUUACCGCCUUUACCUUCCUUACAUCGCCGCCUCGCAGCUUCGUCGCCGAAACCACCUACCAACAACUUUCCCCUCUCCUCAACUUCAGAGCUCAAUUCAAGUGCAGCCACCGUGUUUCGUCCUAUCACCGUCGCCAAAUCUCGUAUUGCUUGCAGGUUCAGCCAAUCCGACAUUACGCCACAGUUUGAGCUGGGCAAAGCAGAAGACAAACGGAAACCACAAAAGCGAGCCAAUGGCAUCUUCUGGAUCAUACUUAUCAAUCUUGGCAUUUAUGUGGCAGAUCACUUCUUUCAGGUUCGCAGCAUCAAAUCUCUGUAUUUGUACCACAAUUUUCCGGCGUGGUACCAGUUUGUGACUGCAACAUUCUGUCAUGCUAACUGGAACCAUCUUUCCAGCAAUCUUUUCUUCCUGUACAUCUUUGGAAAGCUCGUUGAAGAAGAGGAAGGAAGCUUCGGUUUGUGGCUAUCCUACUUGUUCACUGGUGUUGGAGCGAACCUGGUUUCUUGGUUAGUUUUACCGAGAAAUGCAGUUUCUGUUGGAGCCUCCGGAGCUGUUUUUGGGUUAUUUGCUAUCAGCGUCCUCGUCAAGAUGUCUUGGGACUGGAGGAAAAUCCUUGAAGUUCUUAUAUUGGGUCAGUUCGUUGUUGAGAGGGUAAUGGAAGCAGCUCAGGCUUCAGCUGGAUUAUCAGGAACUAUAUAUGGUGGCUAUUCGUUGCAGACUGUUAAUCACAUUGCGCAUCUCUCGGGUGCUCUGGUUGGUGUUGUCUUAGUUUGGCUUCUCAGCAAAUUUCCCUCGGGACCUGUGGAUCAAGAGGUUCAAAAAUCCCCUAAAAAAUGAGUCGAAAAUCAGUGUAACCUUCUUUAUCAGGUACAUAAUAGCUAUCACUGUAAUACUGAAGAACAUGCUCUAAACCGAGUUUCUGUAAGUGCCAAUUCUUUUGCAGCAGAAUUCUAUCACUGAUUUAUUUAUGUUAAGCACAUUAAAAAGGUUUUUCUCCGAAUGUCAGAGUCUGCAGCUAUUGGAAACAGAAACUGUACAAUAGAUUAUAUAAGACCGUUCUGUAGUAAUGUACAUAUAGUGAGUUCUCACAGUAUCGACUCCGAAAUUUCAACAUAAAAACAGGAAAAUCAAAUGUCUGGCCUCAGCCAAAGCCAGUUUUGUCCUUCGGUUCAGAAAAACACUGUACAAGAAUGCACGAACUGCCCACUGAUCCCAAACUGGGCUUGGGACUGCUUCUGGCAUAUAACUGGCACUCGAGCUCCGAGUUUGCAAGCAGAAAGAUUCAUUGCUUUUGCAGUUGGAAGCUCCCGUUUCCCGAUCGGAAUCUGCAAUAGGUUAAAAUUCCCGGAGGACUGUUUCUGGUAAAGAUUCUCCAACUUCUCGAUCUCAAUGUCUUUACAUUUCAAUGCAUUGAUCGCUUUGUUCGACUCAUCAGUGAGUCCCGCGACACGCCAAGCUUCUGCUACCAGCGUGUAGGUAGAGUUCUCAGGCUUCACGCCGAAUCCUCCCAUCAUCUGCAGAACCUCUUCGGCUUUCCAUGGCUGCUUCACUUCCAGGUAACCCCACAUCAACGUCUCGAACGUCUUGAUAUUCGGUGAGACCCCGAACUCGCACAUCUUGUUGAAAACCCUCAUGGCGUCAUCCAUACUUCCGCUGCUGCACCACCCGCUGAUCACCGUGGUGAAGAUCACAACAUUGGGCCUGCAUUCAACCAUGUUCUCUAGAAGCUCCUCGGCUUUCUCGUGCUCUUUAGCCCUGACGUACCCUUUGGCCAAGAUGCUGUAAGCGUGAGCGUCUGGUUUGACUCCUGCUUUGACCAUUUCUUCAAACACUUGUGCAGCUUUCUCCAUGUAUCCAGCUGAGCUCCAAGCGUUCAUCACGGUGCUGUACGUGAUUACAUCUGCCUUCACCUUACACUCCUUCAUCAAGCUAAGAACCUCAUCGAUGCCAUCACGGUCCAUGACCUCAACGAAGCCUUUUAUCAAAGAAUUGAAGACCACAAGGUUUGCUUCAACUCUCAUUUCCUUCAUUCUCCGCACAAACCUCAAACCAUCUCUCACUCUCCCUUCUCUACAGUACCCUCCCACCACUAUCCCACACGUUCUUCCGUUUGGUUUAGCCUUCUCCUUCAUAACCAUCCUCUCGACCACCUCUCUCUCAGCUCUCUCUGUCUUUCCUUUCUGCACAUAACAAGUUGCGAUCGUGUUAUACGUCACUGUGUCUGGCUUGACUCCGCACUCUUCCAUCUUCUGCACCACUUUCCACGCCUCCUCCACAUUCUUCUUCUUGCACCAGGCUUGCACCAGCACAUUGAACGUCCUUAUAUUCGGUCUAACAUCAAUACUGUUCUCCUCCAACAUUAGAUCCAGCAGCUCGGAUGAUCUCUCAGGCUGGCCUGCAAUCCCGUACCCUUUGAUCAACGUGUUGUAUGUGCUCGUGGUGGGAUUUAGACCAAGUUCCUUCAUUUUCAACAGAGCCUGCAUCGCAUCCUCUAUGUUACCAGACUCAGAGAAAGCGUUGAUGACGGCAUUGAAGAAGAUGGAGUCAGGUUUGGUCCCGCUCUGUUCCACCUCCGAGAGUAUAGUGCUUAUGGAACCGUACUGCUUCUGGACCGUCAUGGCAGCUAGGAGAGUCGUGUAAGUGAUCAAGGACGGCCUGUGUCCUGUCUCUGCCAACGUUUUGAAAACGGUUUGCACCUCGUGAGGCCGUCCUCGUUCGAUCAGAACGUUCAUCAGCUUCGUUCUUGACCUCACUGUCCUGCAACUGCUUCCUUCAACGCAUGACUUGCAGCGAUACUCUCCUCCUUUGUUAACUGUAGUCUGCAAAGAGAGUUUAAAGCAAGCCUUUGCUCACCAGAAGGUGGACCAUAGGGACAUAGCUCUAAUAACUCGAAACGGUAAAUUACAAUUCUACAGUAAUGUCAUCCAUAAUUAGUCGGAGAGACCAAAUCAGACAAAAACUCGAUUAACCUGACUAGAAUAUUCGGCAUAUCCAGAUUUCAUCAAACUCAGAAUCGAGUAAUUGUAUAGUGAGUCGUUGAACAAAAUGGUUUCAACACAAGCCAUAGUAGAUUGUUACCUUAAUCUGCGUGGAUAUUUCUGCAUCAGACAUAGCAGGAGCUUCGUUCUCCUCGAAAUCGGCCAUGUUUUGUCGGGAAAGAAACGCCACCUGUCUUUCACUUCUCAUGUUCUCGAGUCCAUGGGGAAGAGAGAGAGGUCUCAAUUCGCAGGAGUGAUAGGGGUCCAUAGAAAAAGGAAAAUAUAAUUAUUAAUUCUGAUAAGGAAGACAACGAAACUAGAUAAGGAAACCAAAGACGAGGACUUUUUGAAUUUUUUUGUUUGCUGUCCACAAAUAUUUUUUUGGUCUGUUGUUUG